AUGCAGCUCAACAUUGGAUUCUGCUUCCUGCUGCUGGCGGUUCUGCUGACUGCGCAGGCAAAACCUACAUUCGAUAAAAUGGCCGAAGUGCUGCUGGAUGUGCUGGAUGAUAGGCCGCAUUACGUCAGACCGAGGCCAUAUGGACCAGUUCCUUCGUCUGGCCCCCUCAUACAGGAGGGCUACGAUCAUGGCUACGACUAUUACUACGGCGGUGGCGGAGCUUAUGUCCACGGCAGUGGCGUUAACGUUGGCAAUCCCUAUGCGCAACCUCCUCCUGCGUAUGGCUACUAUGGCCAAGGACCUGUACAUGGACCAGUGAAGGGCUACUAUCCCGAGCCACACUAUCCACCGCAUGGCUAUGCUCCCGCUCCUGCAUAUAGACACGAACAUGGCCAUGGAUAUAACAGAGUUGAAGCUACGGGUGGCUACAAGCACCACGGUUAUUAG